AUGAAUGUGGUUGAAGUUCUCCCUUCUCCGGCGAGUGCCGCUCUCCCCCCUACCGUCUCCGCCAACGUGAAAAGGAAGAGGGCGAAAUAUCGACAUGUGAUAGCUUGUCACUCCGAGGUGCGACACUCGUGUCUUAGCCGGGAUUCUCACGAUGUCCCGAGUUUCAUAGGCUUUCGCAACCUCAUGGUCGUCGUUUUGGUGGCUAUGAACCUUCGGCUCGUGAUUGAAAACUCCCUCAAGUAUGGUGUCUUAAUCUGCAUCAAGUGCCACGACUACCGAAAGCAAGAUGUGGUCAUUGGAGCGAUUCUUUUUGUCCUGGUCCCAUGCCAGCUACUCUGCUCGUAUUUCAUUGAGUUGACCGCGUCAAGGCAUGCUGCGCGAAUUGUUGGUCAAGCAAAAAAAGAGGACAAAGUCUUGCAGGAGUCCAGGGCAACCUGGUUCUACAUUGCGUUGUUGCACUCCGUGAUCACCAUCUCGGGGUUGGUGGGGACGAGCUAUAUUAUAUACUACUAUAUUAAUCAUCCUGGGAUUGGUACCCUGUGUGAGCUGCAAGUGAUCAUUGUGUCACUUAAAUCAUACUCCUACGCAUUAACCAAUCGGGAUCUACGGCGAGCCAUGCUUGGCUCCUCCUCGGCCGAUUUCGAAAUCCCCAAACUCUACUCGACCUGCCCUUAUCCCAAGAACAUCACUGUGGGAAACCUGGCGUACUAUUUGCUGGCGCCCACGCUGGUCUACCAACCUGUAUAUCCCCGAACACCCCGCAUCCGCUGGUCUUUUGUGGGCAAGCGCUUGUUCGAGUUUGUUUGCCUAGCGGUGGUUAUUUGGCUCCUCUCUGCGCAGUACGCCGCACCACUGUUGCGAAAUGCGACUGAAAAGAUCGCGACUCUGCACAUCACCUCUAUCCUCGAGCGCGGGUUGAAGCUCUCUACAAUCUCUCUUGUCAUCUGGUUAGCUGGGUUUUAUGCCCUCUUCCAGUCCCUGCUGAAUGGACUGGCCGAGGUGAUGCGGUUUGGAGACCGCGAGUUCUACACGGACUGGUGGAACAGUCCCAGUUUUGGCGUGUACUGGCGAUCCUGGAAUCGCCCCGUCUAUACCUUUAUGAAGAGGCAUGUGUACAUGCCUUUAGUCACGCGAGGCUGGAGCUCCUUUGCUGCGGGCCUGGUCGUCUUUACCGUCUCUGCCGUUCUGCAUGAGAUCCUCGUGGGGGUUCCCACACAUAAUCUGAUUGGAGUCGCAUUUCUGGCUAUGUUGUUUCAGCUCCCAUUAAUCUUCCUCACUGCACCGUGCGAGAAAUUCAAAAAUCCCCUAGGCAAGGCAAUUGGCAAUUCUAUUUUUUGGAUCACAUUCUGUGUCGUUGGCCAGCCGCUCGGUGCACUGCUGUAUUUCUUUGCAUGGCAGGCGAAAUACGGCAGUGUCAGCCGGACCCAGGUUUAGAUAGUUCUGGAUAGAGGAUAUCGGGUAUACAUGCACACAUCGGAAUCAUUGUAACAGGUAAAUAUUUAUCUUAUAAGGUUCUUGCAAAAAGGAUAGUUAGUUAUCGAAUAUUGCACAUGUCCGAAGACUUAUUAGCG